UCUUCCGCGGAAAACAAACAGUAAAUCUGGUAGAGAGGCGACAGUGAGCAAGCGAUUAGCUAUGGAGGUGUGCGAAUGAAGGGUAAAUAGAGUAAGUCGUGCAGUUAUGGGAGCAUGUUGAUAUGGAAAGGGCCCAGUAUGCACGAAGUCUCUGUUGAUAAUCUUUCAAAAUUGACGCAAAAGGGCAGGACGCAACCCAAGAGCGGAAACAAAGGCGCUUUGGUUUGAACAAAAUACAUCUGUAAAGAAGGGGGAUAAUUGGUCCCUCAGUAUGAGUCGAGAUGGAUGGAGAAAGAAAGCCAGUGAUGAUGAUGGAUGGGGAGGAAGGGGUGGUUACAUGGCUGCAAAAAUAUCUAAGCUUGAGGAGCAGUUUCAGAAGGAUGCCCCAAGAGAGAAACAGAAAGAUGGAACAUCGUCCUGUAUCUUCAGUGGUGUGGCCAUCUACGUCAAUGGAUACACAGAUCCCAGUGCAGAUGAGCUGCGCAGGCUGAUGAUGCUGCAUGGUGGGCAGUUCCAUGUCUAUUACUCACGCUCCAAAACCACACAUAUCAUUGCCACUAACCUGCCCAACCGCAAAAUACAGGAUCUCAGAGGAGAGAAAGUAGUGCGGCCAGAGUGGAUUUUAGACAGUAUAAAGGCAGGACACCAGCUUUCUUACAUGCAGUAUCAGCUGUAUACAAAGCAGAAAGGCCUGAGCUUUACCACUGUGUGUGCAAGAGGAGGGCAGGAUCUAUUGUCCAGCUGUGUCCCAUCCAAAUCCAGUCCAAGUUACCCCCAAUCAGACAGCAUCCAGGCUCAGCCCAGCCACACUCAAACCCACUCUAAAGAAGUCCUCAGUAACCACCCUAAUAACUUCACUGAGCAAACCAAUCAACUGCUGGAUGUCAGAAUAAAUGACUUGUGUAGCAUUAUCUCUGAGGAAGACACACAGAGCUCUGGAGUUAAUGGGAUUCAUGGUGGAAAUCAUGAUGACAAUGCGUGUGCCCUUUUGCCAAGAAGCUCGAAAGACCCUUUGUUAUCCAAUGGUUAUGUACAUCCUUUUAAUGGUGCCUUAAAGCCUCAGGACUUGGUUCCUUUGGUAGAACAUCCUCCUCAAGUUGUUGACACAGGGUCCCAUCAGUCUCACCUCCCACAGGGAGGACACAGGGACACAGAUCAGCCGAACUGCUCCUCUUCUGGUUCAAAAGCAGAUCAGAGACCCAUGAUCUCCAUGUCUAGUCCUAUAAAGAAGUCUGUUGCUCCCAAUAUGCAAAAUUACCUUCAACCAAAACCAACAUCCCAUCCAGGAACUUUAGCUGCCCCUGAGAAGGCUAAUCAUCUGCAGGAUCAGACUGGCAGAGGUCGACUAAAUGGGAGUUACCAUAUGAGCCCUAACUCCACCCUUGCAGACUCUAGUAACCAAUCAGGAAGGUCAGAUGUCCAGGGAACAGAGGCUGGAAUUAUAUCGGAGUUCUAUUCUCACUCGAGGCUGCAUCAUAUCUCCACGUGGCGGAAUGAGUUCUCAGAGUAUGUAAAUGCCCUGCAGAGCAGGCGACGAGCAGCAAAGGGAGCCAUUUUCUCUGGAAAAGAGAAACUAAAGAAGCUCAGAGCUAAUUGCAGUGCAGGUUCCUCAAUGCCUGCUCCUCAGGUGCGUCAGUCCUGUAUUCUGCAUGUGGAUAUGGACUGUUUCUUUGUGUCAGUGGGAAUCAGACACCGACCAGAUCUCAUAGGGAAACCAGUUGCGGUAACAAGUAACCGUGGUCCAAGCCGUGUUGCACAGCGACCUGGCGCCAAUCCUCAACUUGAGUUUCAGUACUAUCAGAGGAAACAGAAACAGUACAGAACAGGAAAGACAGACUGUGAUCUUGAGAUGACCCUAUCUCCACAGUGUGAGGAGGCUCCCAGCAAUGGAGUGUAUCAGGACCAGACCUCCAUGUCUAUGGCAGAGAUUGCCUCCUGCAGUUAUGAGGCUAGGCAGGCUGGUGUGCGAAAUGGCAUGUUUUUUGGCCGGGCUAAACAGCUUUGUCCUGAUCUACAGUCAGUACCAUAUGAUUUUCAGGCAUAUAAAGAGGUGGCACUGACCAUGUAUGAGACACUGGCCAGUUACACUCACAGCAUCGAGGCACUGAGUUGUGACGAGGCAUUAGUGGAUGCCACUGCUCUUUUGACUGAGCUGCGGGUCACUCCUGAUGACCUGGCAGGGGCCAUCCGGGCAGAUGUGAAGGAGAAAACUGGUUGCUCUGCCUCAGUUGGAAUGGGUUCCAACAUCCUUCUAGCUCGAAUGGCAACCCGGAAGGCCAAGCCAAAUGGACAGUACUUCCUCAGAUCAGAGGAGGUGGAUGAUUUCAUCAGGGAUCAACCUGUCUCCAAUUUGCCUGGUGUGGGCCGCUCAAUGAGCUCCAAACUGGCCUCCCUUGGAGUGAGCACUUGUGGAGACCUACAGCACCUGUCCAUGUCUCUGCUGCAGAAGGAGUUUGGGCCACGGACAGGGCAGACACUCUUCCGCUUUUGCAGGGGGCUGGAUGACAGGCCUGUGCGCAGUGAGAAGGAGAGGAAGUCUGUGUCUGCCGAGAUGAACUACAACAUUCGAUUCACACAGGUUGAAGAUGCAGAGUCUUUCCUCACUAACCUAUCCAUGGAGGUGCAGAAGAGGUUGGAGAGCGCUGGGCAAAAGGGCCGCCGGCUUACACUGAAGGUCAUGAUGCGGAAAGCAGGGGCCCCUGUAGAGCCAGCCAAAUAUGGUGGUCAUGGUAUCUGUGACAACCUGGCCAGGUCUGCUUUGCUAGCUCAGGCCACAGACAGUGGUCAGGUGAUUGCAGGAGAAGCCAUUAAGCUUUUCCAUGCCAUGAAGUUGGAUGUAAAGGACAUGAGAGGGGUGGGGCUUCAGGUGCAGCAGUUGGACGGAACACACACAGAUCCAUCAGGUCAAGGGCUCUCUCGUGGCCGCUCCAUCAAGGACCUGCUGCUGGCCAGAAAGCCACCCCAUAGUCAAAGUAAAGACCCUCUUGCACAAGAUGACUUAACCAGCACUUCAUCAUCUAGAGCUUUCUCCUCCAAUCAGGAGAAAGUUGGCCCUCUCACAUCAUCAACCUCCACCUUGUUGGAUCCAAUACCUGGGACAAGUAAAGGAGUACUUCCCGAUCCACACACCCCCAACCAUGUCAGGACAUGCCUAAACCUCAGCAUUGAGGUGCCAUCUCCCUCUCAGGUGGAUCAUUCUGUGUUAGAAGCUUUACCUGCAGAGCUUAGGAAACAGGUGGAGCAAUCCUGGACCCAUAGAGAGGAGCGUCCCAGCACCUCAUCUUAUCUCUCAACCCCACCUAGAACCUCCUCUUUUCCACCUCCAGGUCCACCACCUGGCACCCUUGUACUACAGCUCCCAAAUCAACCUGGACAAGCAUGUGCAACUGGCAUUGUGCUGGAACUACCAGACUUCUCCCAGGUUGAUCCAGAUGUGUUUGCAGCGCUUCCCAAAGAACUACAGGAAGAGCUAUGUUCAGCUUACAGACACAAAAGAAAUGCUGAAGCUCAAGGUGUUUUAGGGGAACAAAAAAAACCAUUUCCUCAACUAAAGCAGCCUGCAGUGGGGAAAAUCAAACAGCGCUACAAGAGGAGAAAUGCUAGUCCAGCUAAAAAGGGGCCCAGUCCCCUAAAAAAACGAUUUCCUGGAAACAACCCUGCCAAGUCUAGCCCCUCCAAAAUUCUUCCUCUGCCACUCAAAACAGAAAAUAUAUGUUGCCCAUCCUCUCCGAGCACAGAUGUCCCAGAGACGUCCAAAUUUAAUCCCCGUCCAGUCCCGACCCUAGCUGGAGCUUUUGAGUUCAGUGACCUCAGAACUCUGCUUUGUGAAUGGGUCACCACCAUCUCAGAUCCAAUGGAAGAGGACAUUCUACAGGUGGUGAAGUACUGCACUGAACUUGUGGAAGAUAAAGACUUGGAGAAACUUUACCUUGUCAUCAAAUACAUGAAGAGACUUAUGCAGCAGUCCACGGAGUCUGUAUGGAGCAUGGCCUUUGACUUCAUCCUUGACAAUGUGCAGGUAGUGGUACAGCAAACCUAUGGUAGCACUCUGAAGAUCACAUAGAAGGACCGUCCAAACCUCAGUCACUGUGAUAUCAGCCUAGUCCUGCCACUUCAUCAUGAUGUGUGCGUGAGAGAGUGAGAGAAGAAAACAGCUUGACUCUGCCAAUCAUGAUGCUGCUUGUCCUCUUUGACUUCAUGCAUCUCAGAGAACACGAGGGACAUCUGAGGACUAAAAGAUCAAGCCAAUGAUGAGUUAGGAUGAUUAGGAACAGUUGAGCAUACCAGCUUUGUUCAGAAGCAACUGAACACUGAAUUUUUCUCUCAUCAUGAUGUCAACAUUCUAGACUAAUGUCUAGAGGAGCUUUUUUGAAUGUCAUAAACCAAGAUUUUGAAAGAGAUUUGUCAAAGCAAUCCUGUUUGCUUUCUGUUUGCUAUUUGGAUUUUUUUUUUUCUUCCUUGUCUUUUCAACAUUUCUUCUUCUUGUACUCCAGAAACUGUGUUUAUCUUUUGAGUCUGGCCUCAGAAGUAUUAAACAGAAUUGGUAGCAAAGCAGAAUGGAGUGGCAUUUUACUUGCCCUUUAUAGAUCAGUCUGAGAUGUUGAAAGUAAAACUAGGGAAAACAAAACAUCUUUUAAGUCCUGUGGCAGAUUUUAGCAUGUGGAUACUAAAAUUUAUGUAAAAGAUAACCUUUUAUGUUUUCCUAGAUUUAAAAAAGAAUAUUACUCCUCAUUGAUUGUUUCUUGAUGUACAUUUUUAUGUGUCAUAGAACUGAAUAUUUAAGAAGAAAAAGAUCAAAACAUUGGCCAGGUUAAUUUGACUAAACCCUCCUGUCAUGCUUCUCAGUCUUAAAUGUGGAAAUGGCGCUAGAGGAAAUGAAGGGAUUUUUCAGAUGUAACAUGAACCAGGUUACACUCAGUUCAUAUUUACUAAGUUUGGCUUUGUGAAUGAGCAGGUAUGUACUUGACUCCAAUAAUGUUUUAUGUUUAUACUCAUCUUGGUUUAAAGAAGGUGCUCAUGAGUUUGACAUCUUUUAUCUCACACUUUAACAUGACAUUACAGAGAGGAAGCUUAUUUGGUCAUAAAUCGGUUGUGACAGAAUGACUGGUGCCUGAAGACCUGAAGCUGUGACAUCAUUUGUAUGUUUUCUAAAUUUGCUAAUAAAUUUGGAUAAGUGAUA